AUGCACUCGCUAUCUCUGUUGCUCGGUGCCGCCGCGGGCGUCAACGCGAUCCUCGGCGGCAAAAUUGACGCCGUCGUGCUUCCCGGAAACCAGUUCAUCUGCGCCAACAACUGCGUCCACAAGCGCGUCUUCUUUAGAACCAGGGCGACGAAUCCAAAUGACAAGCUAGAAACUGUGCAGUGGGCGGACGUCGAGAAGCUGCUCGAGGAGGCCGCCGCGGGAGAGGGCUCCUCUACCCCUCAGUAA